AUCCACGAGGAGGAAUCAUUGUCAAUCUUAGCUCGCUUCUCCUCUCUCGACUUUCCUUCCCCCUUCCGUUUCCCCUGUGCCCGUCGAGGAAGUAUGGAGAUUAUAUGGCUCGUUCUAUGUGUAGCUGCAGGAAUAGUCAAAGGACAGCCAGUAGAACUUGCCUAUUCAACUCCAGAUCUUUCUGCCGUGAGAUCUGAGCCCGCAGAAACCCCAGGACAUGCUGACGAUGCCUUCCAAUUUGCCUACGCAGUAGCUUCCCCAGAACACGGAACUUACCAUGGCCAUCAAGCAACUCGGGAUCAGCAAGGCCACACUUCUGGAUCUUACUAUGCUCUCGGGGCAGAUGGAAAUUGGCGUCAAACUAUCUAUGCUGAUCAAGGAAAAGGAUUUCAAGCGCUUUCCAACCAAAGACCUGCUGGAUCUCCACCACCUCAAGUUUCUGCCGUGAAUUAUCAGAUCUUCGUUCACCCAGGGGCCACUGCGAUCUCAGCCUCUGGGUCUGGACCCCCAGCAGACAUCUCACUGUUUAGGGUCAAAGGAGCUGGUCGUGCCUUUCCUUCUCAAAGAGGUCUCUUCCUGGGAAGCUUCUUUGAUGAUUCUGAUGAGGAUGAUGACGAUUCCGAUGAUGAUGAUGAUGACGAUGCGAGUUUCAGCUUAGAAAGUGACUACGACAACGAUGAUAAUGAUGAUUUUUUCAGUCAAAACUUCAAUUUCAACUUUAGACAAGAAGAUGAUAAUGAGGAAAAUGAAUUGGAAGACACUGAGAAUGAUGAAGACAAUGAUGAAAAUGAAAAUGAAAAUGAUUCAGUAUUUCCUAAAUUUGCCACACCUACUGCAACCUCCGCCUUUCGUCCUUCACCCAUUUCCACACGCGUUAGACCCUCUGCCCCAACACCUGGACGUAUUCCUUCCUUUGCCUCUGGCCCCGUUCAGGCACCACUUUCUGCCCCACCACCGCCUGCACGCAUUCCAGCCUUUGUUCCCGCUCGUACUCCGGCCGAAGAAGAUGAAGACGCUUCAGUUAUACAAAGCGAUGAUGCUAAUUCUAAUGAAAACGGCUCAGAGUUCCCUCAGCAUGCUAAACCUGUUGACGCAAGUGUUCCUCGUCUUUCAACAGUUUCUAAUCAAGCAGUCUUUAACGCUCCAUCAAGUAGAAAUAUUCCUGCCUUUGCCCCAGCAUCUCCACGUAAUCCAGAUUUCGGUCGUGCCCCUACACCUGCACCUUUAGGUAUUCCAGCCUUUAGCCCUGCAGCCACACCAGGACCAGCCUUUGUCCCUGCCACUACACCAGCAUCUCCACGUAAUCCAGAUUUCGGUCGUGCCCCUACACCUGCACCUUUACGUAUUCCAGCCUUUAGCCCUGCAGCCACACCAGGACCAGCCUUUGUCCCUGCCACUACACCAGCACCAGCCUUUGGCCAGGCAGUCACUAUAAGUUCCAUUCCUGUUCGUAAUCUCGACACUGCUCUUGGAACAUCUGCACCUAUCACUCACUCUACUACUCCAUCGCCAGUUUUCCCUUCUGUUCACACGCCUUCUCCUAUAGUUACAACACCAGUUCAAUUCAAUUCACUAUCCCAGGCUCCUGUUUCAGCAAAUGUUAUAAAUCCGUCUCCUACAUUUUUAAAUGCUUUUUCAGAAAGAACUCCAUCUGUGCACCAAACUUCAGAAUCUUUAGCUACUCCUGGUACUGUUAGAGUUAGCUCUACACAUCAAAGUACUUCUCCUAUAUUAAACCAAGCCCUGGAGUUUGCAAGUGCUCCCAUAUUUCCUUUCGCCUUUGUUCCAACUUCUGCAUUUUCAGCUGCAUCAUCUCCAGUGAACACUGCUUCACAGCAAAGAACACAGAAUAUCAUCCAGUCGCUGACGAAAACACCCUUACAAAGCAAUCUUCAGCAAUCCCUUAACAACCGUCUUACAAGCCCUAUUAAUAUAAGAGCUCAAGCUCCAAUUCCACUUAGUCAUACAAACAGAUUAACAGCCCAGUUACCUGAUGCUGGGUCUGGAAUAACACAGACUCCACUUUCUGCAUUCGUGCAAAGUUCUGUGUUCACAGCAGCACCCAAAACAAUAGCUGUGUCUACAGCUCAGACAGGAAGCCAUUCUCCAGUCAACAUCCAAACACAGCACCAAGUUAACCCUUCUACACUGAGAGGAGCAGGAGUACCUCUUGGUUUGACAGGGUCACAGUCAUCAGGAAGUGCACUGCGCCACCUUGGCAGAGCAGACAAUGCUCUCGCUGGAAACUUACUAAGUCACAGUGGAGGUCUUCAGUCUACCAUAAUAGGGACAACUCCCAUUCAUGCCAUUAACCGCUCAGGGGUUGCGGCCGAUCCAGGCGAAGUGGGUAUUCCUCUUUUCACGGUAUAAUAAAUAAAUCUAAAGUCGAAUAUUCUUAUGCCGAAGACUAUAUUUUUGAUGAAUGCUUUCAUGAGAAUCAUUUUGCAUUCCCCGUUUUAUAAAUCUUUUGACGGACAGUAACAAAGUUUGCAGAUGUGUUUAAGUAUAAACUCUUUAACUAGAGUGCAAAGAUUAACGUUAUUAGUUAAUUCUUAAUAAUAAUGAUGACAUUAUUCAUCUGCUUAUGAUGUUAUAUAUAUUUUUUAUAAAAAAAUGUUACCAAGAAAAACAGCAGUCUCAUUAAUAUGAUGGGAUGAUGCUAAAAAAAUAUUAAUUCUGUUGAAAAUAUUUUCAUAUAUAUUUUUUAUUUUCUAUAAUCUUAAGUCUGUGUGUAUGAAACUUGUCCAAUAAAAGAUAUUAUAAUA